UUUGCUCCUACAAGAAGCAAACAUUUUCCUCCAGACUUUCUACAGUAACUCAUAGAGAACAGCAGACAUUCCAUACAUGUACUACCUCAUACCGACUCCUCCAUCCAUCUCUUAAGCACCACUCUGCUGUGCCCCGCUAUAGUCCAUAAUUACCAUACAACAUACCAGACUCCGCAAGGUUAUGUAGAGGGAAGCAGCAUGUCAGCCUGUGCUGCUGUAGACCUAAAUAUUUUUGAAACAUGUUAAGAAUGCUCAACAGCUGGGCUGGCAGAAAUCACACAGCUGUGUUCCUGAACUUUGAGGUAAUCACUCCCCAAAGAAAACUACGUGGUGAAGGAUACACAUUACAUAAUUGUGCUGUCAAAAUUUAUAAAAUAACUUUAUACACGUUGAAUUUUGUGUAUAAAUUGAACAUGUUAAAAAUAUUGUGGUGGGAAAACAACCAUCCGAGGAUAUCGUUAAAACAAAAAGCAAACAGUAAUAAACUCGGGCAUUGUUUCAUAAUCCUCGUACACAGAAACGGUCUAUUUGGCUAUCCUGUGUUGCUGACCCUGCUUCUAAAAAUGAAACACGUUUCCCGACAUGUGUUUUUGUUAUGUGUGGACGGAACUGGAGGGACCUGUCUAAACGUCGCCUUCGUGUUUCCAACGGAAAUUAAAUUUAAAAUGCAAACAAUAGGACGUGGUAGGCACGCGCGCCCUGCCGGCCUUCGCGAAGAGCGACGUAAAGCCGUUUAAUGGGCUUCAAAUAAACAGGCGCGAAACUCCAGAUAACCUGAAGGUAGAUACGUGCGUGAAAAUAAACCGCAGACAUUUAUAUUUCAAAUGCCUUUGAAAUGUAUUCGAAAUCCAAGCGCACGUGGAAAUAUAAGCUCAGAAGGGGUGUUGGGAGGCAACAUAUUUUUAACGGACUCUGCUUUACCGCUGACGAUUUGGUGGACCCAAUUGAGGAAAUAAGCGCAUUUAAGAAACGCAGUUACCCUGCUGCAACUGUGCAGCAGUGCGUUAAGCUCAUUCCUAAUAUGGGGUUUCGUCUCUGUGUGAUGCCUCAUUAUUUCUCUCAUUCAUUAAUUUUUUAGGAAAGUCAGUUUUAUGGUUUUAUAGAUAGGCUACUUCACAGUAAUGUGUGGGGGCUAGUUUGUAGCCUACAGCAGAAUCAAAAGGUCAAUAGUUUUAUUUGGAGAAAAAUACAGAUAUACUUUUUUUCCCCUAAACAUAAAUCUGCAAAAUAUCUGUAUAUCUAUCGUUCAUUUGUUUGCUAAGGUCAUAUAUGUAGAAUAUCUCUUUAAAAUGUACCAAUAAUGUUCCUAGCACGUUUAGAGUGCCUAUCUGUGAAGUCUAAAAACUCAAGAAUAGGGCAUUACUUUCAAUAGCAACCUUAUCUUUAACAAAUGUCGGUGUUUGCAAACGUGAAUGCUAUCACCGCAGAAAUAUAUUCAAGUUCCAUCACAUUCUCUCAACAGACGACAACAAAAAUUUGUAUGUUUUUGUGUUAAAGGAGUAAGGUAAUUUUUAUCACCAAAAAUUAUCAAACAAUAUUUAUUAAUGUGAUUAUCUAAUAAUUAAAAAAAAAUAGAGUAGCUCACACGAGAUGAAGAAUCGAAUUGCUUUGUAGUCCUCAAAAUGAACCAGUUGAUGCUACAUAGUGGUUUUUCCACAUGUAGGUAUAAAAUACAUUUAGUACAGAAGCUCUGAAACAUCCAUGCCACUAGGUGCCAGUAUAAUGGCUGUUUCAUAAUGAGAAGAAGAAUCAUUGGAAAAAUGACUUAUUGCUCCUUUAACUCAUCUGGACUACUGCAAUACUCUUCUUUCUGGCUUACCAAAGAUCUCCAUCUCUAACGUGCUGUGAGUGAAAAAUACUUCAGCAAGUAUUUUGGUAUGCACAUGAAUGUUGGAGCAAAUUUUAUCAUACAUAUUUUCAGCUAGCUAUAGACUGCUGGCAAUCUGUAUCUUUCAGAACUGUAAUGUACUCUUAACAUUCACAUGCCUCCAUGGUCUCUCCCCCACUGUACCUCAGUACACUGAUUAUAUGAUAUGGUAUGUUCCUGACUACAGAGAGGCCAGGCCAGGAGGUCUUACUAUAGCCCUAAGAUGAAGAUCUAAGUACAUUUAAGAGCAGGGUUUAAAAAAAAAAGAACUUAUUUGUGUGUUUGUGUCAGAUUGAAUCAAUAGUAAGUGUUUUGCUUAACAGUUUUGGGUAUAACUGAAAAGCCAUUACUGUUUAGUAGAAUAUUAAACAAUUUGCCUCUUGCAGCAUUUAAACAAGUAAAUCUUUUCUUUGAGAAAUUGUAUUUGUUUUACAUAAACUUGUAUCUCACUAACAAAGCCUCUUCUACAUAUUUGCCUUAAAAGCACAGAACGGAUCAGUGUGCACAGAAUUAACUGUAUAUUCAAACAAGUACUGAAGUACUGAUCUGAAAUUCUAAAUGGAAGAACUUCAUUAUCAUUGUGUAAAUUAUGUAAAUUAACCGCACAACUGAGUAAAAUUGCUGGUCAAACAUGACAUCUAAAAACUACGUAUGUCUAUUUGGAUUUCUGUCUGAGAAAAAGGGUAAGGUGACCUGUCGAGUCAGAAAUCAGGUGGGGAAAAAAUAAAACGGCUGUCCAUCCUUACGAUCUAGUCAGCGUCUGAUUUUUUAUUAUCUUUAUAAGCUUUUUCAGUUAUGUCAAUAAAUUGAAAGAGUAGAUGCUGUAAUAAUUGACAGGGUUGCUAAAUUGCCAUGAAUCUAAGUUUCCAUGACCACAGAGGCAGGUUCUGUGUGGGGGCAGGUGGUAAGAGAUGACAAGAUGACAAGCCUCUGCCUCUCCACCUGUCCACCUAUGGGCUGUGAGACAAGAGUCCUGGGAGGUGGCUGCAGGAUGCUGAGAUAUCAGAGGGGGACAUGCCGACUGAGGAGCACUGGAUGAUCCACUUGCAGAGGGUCUACUACCCUGUUCUCGCAGCCAUUGGGAUCCCCUCUAAUACUGUGUCUUUCCUGAUCUUCUGGAGACGCAAAUGCAUGCUCUCUAAAUCCAGCACUAUGUACCUGAUGGCGAUGGCCGUCGCCGACACGGGCGUGCUGGUGUUCAUCGUGGUUUUGGAACUCUCUGUGAAAUACCACACGGUCGAGCCCUUCUGGUCUCGCGAGCCUUGGUGCAACCUGCGGGACAUCUUCAGCUAUGGUGCCUACAAUGCCUCCACCUGGCUGGUGGUGGUCUUCACUGCCGAGCGCUUCUUGGCCAUUACCACGUGGGGCAUGCGGAACCGGCUCUGCCACACCCGCGCUGCGCUGUGGGUCAUUGGCGGCGUCUUCGUGCUGGGGCAUCUUUUUGCGGUGCCCUAUUACUGGGCCUAUGUAUCCGUGCACGACCGCAAGCUCAAGCGCUGGUUCUGCGUGUACCGGACGGACGCCUCCGUCGAGUACGUUGGCACUGUGGUGAGCCUCCAGACGGCUCUAUCCCACGUCCUGCCCUUUGUUGUCGUCGGCGUAACCAACAGCCUUACCCUGCGCCAAAUCUCCCUCAGCAACCGGGUGCACGUGGAAGCCGAGUGCCGCGCUGCCACCCGUGGCCACAAGGUGCCGCCGUUGCUGCGCUCGCGGAAGAGGAAGUCGGUGGUGCUCCUGGUGACCGUGUCCAUGACGUUCGUGCUGCUGUCCAUCACGCGGUCAAUUACGCAGAUAGUGCUGCGCAGCUGGAAAUGGGAUAUGGACCAUGAUGACUACAGCCUGGAAAUAAACGUGGCAGCAGACAUCGGCAACAUGCUGACCCUCUUAAACUCAGCAGUUAACAUGUACCUGUACGCAUGCACACAGAGCAAGUUCAGACAGGAAGUUCUAACCUGUGUCAGAUACUUUCUGUGCAGGGGCUGCUUGGAUUGCAACGGGUCAUCGUCACGCCGUACCCCUGGAGAUGCUUGAGAUAUCCUGACAGACAUUAACAUCUGGAGAGUGGAUGAGGUAGUUAAAAAAAGUAUAUAAAAAAUAUUAAUACGUUCAGCAGUUUAUUACAUUACAUUAUUUUUUAAAUAAAAUAUUUUCUCAAGCACAGUACAUCCUUGUUUAUCUAAAUAUAUCAUAAAAUGUACAGUAUUUUAUUUUGCCUUUUUAUCAAUCACUCAAAAGUUAUAUUUUUAUAAUAUAAUUGUACUAAAUAUUAGUUGCAGGUUGUGAUACCAUGGUAAUUUGUACAUCUUUAUCUCAAGAAGGAACAGAAGAAGAUUGUAUUCAGUGGCUGGAAGGGUUGGGUUCAUAACUCUUGGG